GCCCCCGACGAGGGGCAGAUUGCCUCCCGUUUCAUGUAUCGAUUGAUACAUUUAUGGUUCUCUUGUGAGGAUGAGGGAAGCUCAAAUGGUUCGCUCGUGGAAAUCAUGGCUGAAGCUGUGACUCGACUUCCAUCAUUUCGGUUCGUACCGGCAACCAGCCAACUUUUGUCUCGUGUAGAAAAAAGAAACACAGGCUCUUUUCAAGAAACUUUGCACACGUUGAUCCUCCGAAUGUGCCACGAUCAUCCUUACAAUUGCCUAGUACAGGUAGUUUCGUUGGCCAAUGGAAAGACUAUAGGUAGUGGUGUCAGCGGACGACAGGCAGAGGUAUUCCUCGAAAAUACGAGCGACACGAAGGUUGAUGGCGCAAAUGAGAUUCUUGCAUCCCUUAGAACAAGCGAGCGCAAACCUCUUGGGAGGUUGAUGGAGGGUUACAUCUCGCUCACUGAUGCAUACGUCCACUUGGCGAUGUAUCCAACGCAUGACUUCCAGAAGGCCAAAAACAAAAAGUUUCCUUUUUCAGCAGUCAGCAAAUCCCACGCCGAACGCCUGGACCAAUGCCUAGGCGUGGGACGCCGCAAAGUGCCUCACCCACCUUGUGUCUUGACCAAACCACCGCCAAUUCGUCCAGCAAGUGACUACACCGACGAAACGGGGCAGCUCAUUGGGUCUGAGAGCGUCGUUGGUUUUGAGCAAGCCUUUUCUAUCACCGAGAGCGGUCUGCAUCGCCCCAAGAUUGUCUACUGUCUUGGAUCCAAAGGUGGUCGUUUUAAACAGCUGGUAAAGGGAGAGGACGAGAUCCGACAGGAUGCCGUAAUGGAGCAAGUUUUUGGUUACGUCAACGAAUUGUUGUCAAACGGGGAUCUGUCAGACAGCCUAGAUGAGAUCCGGCGGACGACUGGAGCUGGCCAUUUGCGUUUAGUGACUUACAAUAUUGUUCCUUUGAGUCCAGCAAGCGGGGUUCUAGAAUGGGUCGAUCAUACCAUUCCAUUCGGGGAGUUCAUGAUGGACAAGAAAGGUCACGUCGGUGCGCAUUCUCGGUAUUAUCCUGGACAAUGGAGCAGCCUUGUUUGCCGGGAGCAGCUGCGGAAAGCACCGAAAAAGGAAAAACUUCAAGCCUUUAAUGCAAUUUGCUUAAACCACUCGCCCGUCUUUCGAUACUUUUUCGUGGAGAGGUUUGGGCACACGCCAGAAUUAUGGCACGAGGCUCGGAUGCGCUACACGCGGUCCGUUGCUGUCAAUAGUAUUGUUGGGCACAUUCUUGGGAUCGGCGAUCGCCACUGCAGCAACAUUCUUAUUCAUGAGGGGACUGGGGAAGUCGUACACAUCGAUUUUGGUAUAGUCUUCGAACAAGGAAAGCUCCUGAACACGCCCGAGCUAGUGCCGUUCCGACUGACGCAAAAUACAGUGGAUGGGUUCGGCCCAGUGGGACUCGACGGUACCUUUACCAAAUCCGCCCAACGGACUUUAUCCGUUCUCCGAAAGAAUUCAAACGCGCUCCUGACUAUUCUGUCCGCGAUUGUUUCGGAUCCGCUGUACAAAUGGAGCGUAAGUCCAGUCAAAGCACGGCUGCGGCAAGAGCAGCAACAGCAUCAGGAUGAGGAAGAACAAGGGGAGAACAAACGCACAUCGAUGACAACCACAACGAGUUCCACCAAAGUUUCACGUAGCCAAGGACAAGAAAACGAAGCCGCGUCACAUGCCAUUCGGAGGAUACAAGAAAAACUCCAAGGCUACGAGGAUGGCACAUCGGGCGAGCAACAAAGCGUGGAAGGACAGGUUCAGCUCCUGAUUAACUCCGCGAAGAACAAGGACAAUUUGUGUCUCAUGUUCUGUGGUUGGGCGCCGUGGGUGUAAUUUCCACCAAUAAAUCUACAUUACUUCUGUUUCGCGAGACUCUACGAGAGUCAAAAAACGGACAGUGAAUUACUGUAAUGAACUAAGUAGAUGUUGCCAAAAUGC